AUGGAGGUCAAUCGCGACCCCGAGAAAGCGAUGUACCGGGCGAGUUCGCUCGGAAAGCCCUCCGGGCGAUCUCCCUCCCCAAUGGCGGACCCUGUCGUCAACUCCAGCGCGGAGCAGUCAGACGACGAAUCCGGUCAAAAGACCAACCCCCAAGACAUCUCACAAUGGCCCAUCACUCCAGAUAUACUACAAAUACGACAAUGUAACGAGACUAACGGUGGGAAAUCGAAGAAGCUGGGUGUGACAUGGCAGAACCUAACAGUAAAGGGCAUCAGCAGUGAUGCGCUUUACAACGAAAAUGUUCUCUCUCAAUUCAACCCAUUCGGGAAGGGCAGUAAGAGCCCCACCCCUGAAGACUAUUAUCGACAACUCUUCUGGGUGUGUCAAAGGCGGAGUGCGAAGUUGAGCGCGUACGUGUUGGCUUCAGGUGUGGUAUUGAAGCUGCACAAAGGAAGAUUUAAAUCCUAG